GUUCACUUCAGACAUCCGCAAACUAGUUUCAGACUGAAUAUAAUCUGUCGGAAAAAUAUUGUCAAAUUAUUCAGAAAUUAAAGUUGAUUCACAGAAGAUUGUGAUCAAGCAUGAAAUUAUUACGACGUCGUUGCUUCCUCUAGGCUAUGUAUGAUCAGUUUGAUCACGACAUGCCAACAUUUAUACAUUUCUGAGCAGAGUAGAUUAUUAAAACUUUUAUAUUAUGGGCGGCGUUGUCUCAACGCCAAGGCGUCGUAUAAAGUGGACUAAAAGUUUUCCAUUCCUGAGAAUCAUACGUGAAAAUGAGAAUGGGGAAAAUGGUCAGGAGAAUAACGUUGAAGCAAAUCCUGGUCGAAGAACAGCCGAAGAAAGGCUGUUGUACGUUGCUUUGUACAACUACAAGGCAAGAACGGCCGAAGAUCUCAGCUUUAAUAAGGGGGAAAAAAUGGAAAUUAUCAAUAACAAAGAAGGUGGCUGGUGGCAAGCAAAAUCAUUGGUUUCUGGUGAAUCUGGAUACGUACCAAGUAAUUAUAUCGCUCCAGUAACGUCAUUACAAACAGAGGAAUGGUUUUUUGGACCGAUGAAGCGAAGUGAUGCUGAAAAGUUGUUGAUCAACCACGGGGAGCAAGGUUCAUUCCUCAUCAGGGAAAGUGAAACCCAACAAGGUGGUUAUUCCCUAUCCUUACGUGAUGGUGAAAGCAUCAAACAUUAUCGAAUUCGUACUCUUGAUCAAGGUGGUUAUUUCAUCGCGAGAAAUGAGGUGUUCACUACGUUAAAGGAACUGGUAGAUUUCUACAAAAUCAAUGCAAGUGGCCUAUGUGCACAGCUUCAUCAACCUUGCCCUCAUAUUGAUACUCCUACCACCAUUGGCUUGUCCCAUGAUACAAACGACAAGUGGGAAAUCCCACGUGACCAAAUCCGUCUUCUCAAUAAACUUGGACAAGGUCAGUUUGGAGAGGUUUGGCAGGGGUUAUGGAAUGAAACCACAGCAGUUGCUGUAAAAACCUUAAAGUCUGGUUCAAAAGCAACUCAGGAAACUGCUAAUGCAUUUUUACAGGAAGCACAAAUCAUGAAAAAACUCAAACAUGUAAAACUUGUUCAACUUUUUGCUGUUUGUACAAAGGGUGAUCCAAUUUACAUUAUCACUGAACUUAUGACCAAUGGAAGUUUGUUGGAGUUUCUUCAAAAUGAUCAUAAUCGGAGGAUAAGUCUGCCAAUUUUGAUUGACAUGGGUGCCCAAGUCGCCAAAGGCAUGGCAUAUUUAGAAGAAUGUCAAUAUAUUCAUCGUGAUCUUGCUGCGAGAAAUGUUUUAGUUGGUGAGAAAAAUAUUGUAAAAAUUGCUGAUUUUGGUCUAAGCCGUAUUAUCAAUAAUGAUGAAUAUAUCGCGCAUGAGGGUGCAAAGUUCCCCAUCAAAUGGACUGCACCUGAAGCUGCACUAUUUCAUAAGUUUACUAUAAAAUCUGAUGUGUGGUCGUUUGGGAUUCUACUUACUGAGCUGGUAACCCGAGGGCGUAUUCCAUAUGCUGGAAUGACAAAUUCUGAGGUUUUGGGAAAGGUUGAAGCUGGAUAUCGUAUGGAGCAGAUGAAAGACUGCCCUAAUGCUUUGUAUCAAAUCAUGUUGGAAUGUUGGAAGGCAGUUCCGGAUGAACGACCAACAUUUGAGACACUGCAAUGGCAACUUGAGGACUUCUUCACAACUGAGGCAACUGACUAUUCAGAUGCACAGUGACAUUUUAAUCUAAUACUAACAAGCGGAUAUGACUGUAAAAAAGAAGGAGACUUGCGAUCCUUGCAACUUCACAAUCCUUACUGUUAUGAAAAGACUCAAAUAGUCCACAGGUAGUUUAAACUAUGCUGGGUAUCAGUGCAUUUACUGCAUGUCACAGGAAAGCAAAUGGUCGAUAACUUCAGUAAUAUUUUGCUGAUGAGCAUAGAGGUUACUAUGAGGACUACUACCAAUGAAAAAAGGUCAAGUAUUUUUCCACUCAGGUACCAAACAAAUAGUUUUUUGUGUG